UUGCGUCCUUCAUCUCCCGUUCUAUUCCGGUUUUCAGAAAGCACUUUCACGGUGUCGCUGUCAAAAGGAUCUCGAGGUUUGGGGUUGAGCGUGACCGGAGGCGUGGACAGCGGGGGUUCUUGGCCGGGGUUAAUACGUGUCAAGAGGUUAUUUCCUCAUCAGCCAGCAUCUUCAAGCGAAAUGCUCAACGUUGGUGAUUUGAUUUUAGAAGUUAAUGGAAUUACACUUACUGGACUUACUAAUUAUGAAGCUUUAGAAGUUUUAAGGACAGCUCCGAAUCAAGUCGAAUUAAAAAUGUGUCGGCCACCUCCCGAUGUUUUAAGUUGCGUUAGUCCAAUUUCGGAAGUUCCUCCACCUCCUCCAAGAAGAGAACCACCGACGAGUUUAAAUUUAGCUUCGUGUUCUGAUGAUGAGCAUUGCCAUGGGGAAUUUGAAAUAACGAUGCGAAAAAUGCAAGGAUCUUUAGGAUUCACGUUAAGAAAAGAAGAUGAUAGUGCUUUAGGGCAUUACAUAAGAGCUUUAGUUCGAGAACCGGCUUUAACUGAUGGAAGAAUUCGAGCCGGCGAUAAAAUAAUUGCUGUAAACGAAGUAGAGAUAUCAUCAAUGACUCACGAAGAAGCGGUGCAAUUCCUUCGGCAAUCCGGUGAAUUAGUAAAAUUAAGAUUAUACCGAGAUCUAGCUCAAACUCCCGUAGCAACUUUAUCCCCGACCGAAACUACUCCAAGAACAUCAUUUUCGAAAAAAACCCAACUCCGCCAAGAAGCCGUUGAUAUGUUAAACGACAUCGCUGUAAGAAAACUAAUCCCAGGUAAUAACCAACAAGAACAACAAUAUCGAAGAUCUUUAUCACCAAGCACAUCACCAAGACAACGUUUACGAAGACGCGAACCUUGCCCAUCGGAUGCUUCGAAUAAUUCCGAUUCAUCCUCAAGACAUUUAAUAAUCGACGAAGUUUUUCAUGAGGGGUUACUAAAAAAAUGUUCGUUACCUUUAGACGAAGAUUCUUUUAACUCCUUAUUCCUCGAAGACGACGACAGCGAUAAACAACCAUCAAGACCCAGCUCUUUAGAUCUCUACAACCCAAAUCAAACUCCCGUCGCUUCUAGAAAACCAAAAUUUAAUUUCUCAUUAGCUCAUAAUGCUUACGAAUUGAAUAAUUUGGAUGCGGAAAUUUUAGACGCACCUAAUUUGAAUUAUAAUAUCGGCGAAGAAGGUACUUCGACGGAAGUUGAAUGCGGGGAUAGUUUCCCGCAGGAACCCGCUUCAAUGCCCCAUAUUCCAGCUAGCGACAAUCCAGGAUUUAGUUACAAAAAUCCGGCUUAUCAAUCCGCUCAUCCGCCGUGUGGAACUGAAAAUUUUGAAAAUAAUACGGGAAUUAAUGCAGGGAAAUGUGUUAAUAAAGGAAACGAUGAUGGUAAUACAAAUAUGAAGAAGUGGAAAGGUGUUGUUUUUACGGCCGAUGAAGAAAGAGAACGACAAAAAGUGCUGAAAAAAGAAGGUUAUAGGAAAGGCGAGAAUGAUUAUGAGAUACUUGCCAUUGAAUUAAAUCGAGGUUGGAAUAGUCGAUUAGGUUUUAGUUUACAAGGAGCAGCUGGUGUAACAUAUGUAAGUGCAGUUCAUGCUGAUAGUGUGGCCGCUAGAGAUGGGAGAAUUAAACCAGGAGAUCGACUGAUUAAAGUAAACGAUGAAAGUGUAGAAAACAUGACGACGUCCGAAAUAAUAGAUUUGUUACGAAUAGUUCGUGGCCCUGUUUGUAUAAUCGUAUCCAGGGCGAAAAAUAAAGAAGACU